CAGGACGCCUACUGCUAAAAUUCUGAGUAAAAAGUCGCUCAACACCGCCACUCGGGGACGAAAGGGUCAUUCAAAAAUUAUUGUUUAUCUGCAUUAAUUGCGGGAAUAAUAAGCAAUUAAUAUGAGUUUUCUCAUAACCAACAUGGCUUCUAAGAGAGUCAUGAAGAAAAUGACAUCUCCUAUAUUCCUGCAAUCCUUAGCUGCUUUUCAUGGUAAAGCUAGAAUAGGUAAUAGAGAUGUUGUGGGAUUUGGAAUGAAUGGUUCUUACACUUAUAUUGAUCGAGUGGAUUACCCAAUGCCUGCUAUUCGUUUUAGAGAAAAUACUGCUGAUUCUAAAGCUCUGAGAGAGAAAGAAAAAGGCGACUGGAAAAAGUUAACCCUUGAGGAAAAGAAAGCAUUGUACAGGCACAGUUUUUGCUUAACUUUUUCUGAACAGAGGGCCCCUACUGGUGACUGGAAGUACAUGAUCGGAGGUACCUGUGCCUUUAUGGGACUCAUGCUGUGGGCAUAUUAUCUAUUAAAGCUUUAUGUGUAUCCUCCUUUGCCUUGGUCGAUGACACCGGAACAUCAGUCUAAAAUGUUGGAAAGGAUGAUUCAGCUUCGUGUGGAUCCAAUUGAUGGUCUAACUUCAAAAUACGAUUAUGAGAAUAAUAAAUGGAAAGAUUGAACUCUGUAUUCUUCUGUCCUGCUAAUGUAGUAGUUAAGAUAUGUAUGGUAAAAAUUGAUUCUGUUAUUAAAUUAAUUAAUAAAGUGCUCUAAGUGGAAAGAA